UCUUCUACACGCGCGAGCGAGAAAGGAAAGGAGAAAGAAAAAGAGAAAAAGAAAAGGUCGGGAGGCAAAUAAAAAUUAAAAAGAAAAAAAACGAAACCUCGCGUUUUCUUUCUCCUCUCUCUCCGUUUCCAGUUUCCCUCUUUUUGUUUACAAUCGAAACACUCUUUGUUCGUCCCAGCAAUUUCAAUUGAGCCUACGCCAGCGUUUCUCCCAAUCCGAUUCAGAUUCAGUCAAAUUGCUCUCUACUUUCUUGACUUUUUCUAUUCUUUUGAUUCCGACAAUAGGGAGGAAACUCCUCCUAGGGUUAGGGUACUUUUCUUUUCUUAUCGGAUGAUUUUUAAUUUUCUCCACGGAGUUUCGCCUUAGAAGAUGAUGAAAUGAUGGUUAGGGUUAGGAUAACAGCAUCGGCAUCAUCGGCGCAAAUGGAAGCGUCAAGUACGAAUCCGGACGCCUAUAGAGGUGUCUCUACGAAUUCGAGAAGAUAUGGAAUUCUGUCUGCUUCGAAUAUAAUCCAAGCGCCUAUUUCAGCCUUGUUGGAGUACUCAGGUCUUCUCCGUACAGCACGUUCUAUCCACCAAGAACCCGAACCUCUUAUCCCCAAUCAGAAUCUACAAAAUUCGACUUCGUCCCUUGCCAACAAUGGAGAGGUUGCUAUUAGGAUAAUUGGGGCGGGAGACCAUGAGAGCGAGAGGGAUGCCUCUGGUAUGGUGAUCGGCCAGCUCAGGGAAUUUACUCCUCAGAGUGAGGUGUCGCUGGGAUUGGGAACGUCUGAUGGUCAAGGAGGAGAUUCCAGGAGCAGCGAUCGUGGGGCGGCUACUGGAGAAGGGGAAGGUGUUUCCCACUCCUCACCCAAUGGGAGUGUUAAUGCUAAUGUGGAAACUGGGGAUGGGACUGGGACCGGAGCUAAUAAUAGCAGAGAUUCCUCCUAUCAAAGAUAUGAUAUUCAGCAGGCUGCUAGGUGGAUUGAGCAAGUUCUGCCCUUCUCUUUGCUUCUCUUGGUUGUUUUUAUCCGCCAACAUUUGCAAGGUUUCUUUGUUACGAUUUGGAUUGCUGCAGUCAUGUUCAAGUCAAAUGACAUUUUACGGAAACAAACUGCUUUAAAGGGGGAGAGGAAGAUCUCUGUUCUGAUUGGCAUCUCUCUUGCUUUCACGCUUCAUGUUAUUGCUGUCUAUUGGUGGUAUUGGAAUGAUGAUCUUUUGUAUCCAUUAGUGAUGCUUCCUCCAAAAUCUAUUCCACCUUUCUGGCAUGCUAUUUUUAUUAUAAUGGUUAAUGAUACAUUGGUUCGGCAGGAGGCAAUGGUUUUAAAGUGUUUUCUGUUAAUGUAUUACAAGAAUAGUAGAGGCAGAAACUACCGUAAGCAGGGUCAAAUGUUGACGUUGGUUGAAUAUAUGAUUCUACUUUACCGUGCCUUAUUGCCAACUCCAGUUUGGUACCGUUUCUUCUUAAACAAAGAGUAUGGAAGCCUCUUUUCAUCACUAAUGACAGGGUUGUACUUAACCUUCAAGCUCACAUCUGUUGUUGAGAAGGUGCAAUCCUUCUUUGCUUCAUUGAAGGCAUUAUCUCAUAAAGAGGUACAUUAUGGUGCUUAUGCAACACCAGAGCAGGUGAAUGCAGCUGGGGACAUGUGUGCAAUCUGCCAGGAGAAGAUGCAUGCUCCUAUCCUACUACGUUGUAAACACAUCUUUUGUGAAGAUUGUGUAUCUGAGUGGUUUGAGAGGGAAAGAACAUGUCCUUUGUGCAGGGCAUUGGUUAAACCUGCAGAUCUCAGAUCAUAUGGCGAUGGAUCAACUAGUUUGUUUUUUCAGAUAUUCUAAGAUCAUUGCUGUACAAUCUGUGAAGUUUCUCCGCUUCGAUGCUCUAAAAUGCACUUAUCUAAAGCAGCCGUAUCCUUGUCAUCAUCUAAAUGGGUAAAUUUGAUUUUUUUGGUUUUGUCUUGUCAAUGAAUUAACAAAGAAAUUGAAUUCAAAACAACUGGAUCAAAGUGAAAUUGGCCGUCUGUUACUAUGUUGUAUUUGAAAGGUUGAAUGUAUCUAUCUAAUGGGCCUUCCAAGCCACAACGGUAUAUGUCACUGUUAAAUUGGCAUAAGUGAAAGCCUCUUUCGGUUUCUGUGUUCUUGCUUUUGCACCCCUUA